UGAGUCAGACUGUCUGUCGGAUGUAAGAAGAGUAGUUGGCUGGGCGCGUAGAAAAUAAAACCUCUCCCUCUUAUGAAACAUAAGCCAAAGCCAAAGCCAAAGCCACAGACCCAGGAUUUCGGUACUGAUACCCCAACGUGCUAGAAAUCCAAACCUUAAAUUCCUCAAAAAUCUUGUUGCCCUGGCCAUCUACGAGCAAAACCCAUUUGACAUCAAUGGCUUUUUCACCGAUUUUACUUACCAUUUUCAUCGUCGUCUUCCUCACCAUCACUGCCAUACCACUCACCCACUCUGUUCCUUUUGUUGUUUUGCAUGGCAUUGGAGAUAAAUGCAGAAAUCGAGGAGUCACACGUUUUACUAAACUCCUAAGCAAGUGGUCUGGUUCUCAAGGAUAUUGCAUAGAAAUUGGAAAUGGUUCAUGGGAUUCCUGGACAAUGCCUCUUUUGCAACAGUUUUGCUUGCAGACAAGUAUCGUUUGUGAGAAGGUGAAGAGCAUGAGUGACCUAAGUGAGGGUUACAACAUAGUUGGACUUUCUCAGGGUAAUGUGAUCGGUAGAGGAGUUAUUGAAUUUUGCGAGGGAGGACCUCCUGUUAAAAAUUUCAUAUCACUAGGAGGUCCUCAUGCUGGUACUGCUUCUAUUCCACUUUGUGGAUCUGGAUGGUUUUGCAUUCUUGUGGACAGUUUAAUCAAGUUAGAGAUCUACAGCGACUAUGUACAGGAACAUUUGGCUCCCAGUGGCUAUCUUAAAAUCCCAACAGAUAUUGCUGGCUAUAUUGAAGGAUGCAAGUUUCUUCCCAAACUUAAUAAUGAGAUCGUUAAUAAGAGAAACGCCACCUACAAGGAAAGAUUUGUGAGCUUAGAGAAUUUGAUACUUAUAAUGUUUGAGGACGAUACAAUUUUGAUACCUAAAGAAACCUCGUGGUUCGGAUAUUAUCCCGAUGGGGCCUUUUCUCCUGUUUUGCCUGUGCAAGAAACCAAGCUCUACACUGAAGACUGGAUUGGUUUGAGAACAUUGGAUGAAGCUGGGAAAGUUAAAUAUAUAAGUGUUUCAGGCAAUCAUCUGGCCAUCUCUCAGAGCGACAUGAAAGAGUAUAUAGUACCUUACUUGGAGGACCAGGAAGCAUCAUCAAAACCGCUGAUUAUAACGAAGACUUCAUCUUUCAAGUGGCUUUCAUCAAUCUGGAACAUGUUUUUGGGCGUGGCUGAGUACACAGCGGAGGAUGGCCAGCUGUUACUGCACAAUGCUGUGUAAUCAAGUUGCAGAGUGCCCACCAUUUUACUCGUGAAGGAGAAAAAUGAGAAGACUGGAUUUGAGGAAGAAAGAAGAAAGCAGAAUACUUUGUUGAGAACGAUUAGCACCACGUGUACCAAAAUUGAGUCUUUAGAGGUUACAAGCUAUGACUAUGAGAGUCUUGAUAUUCAUGACUUGGUUGUGUCCGUUAAUGGUAUAAUGCUAAAACAUGUUUGGUGCUUUUAAUUGUCAAGAGUGGAUAAUUCGGCUUCUUAUUGGGAAUAUUACAUUUUGGGAAUGUAAAAUAGAUGGAAUAUUUUAUCAGAAUCUAAAAUAUAAA